AGUUACAAUAUUUCCUUCAUAUAUAAUUGUAAACCAUUUAUGUAGCGGUUAUAUGUCGCCUGAAUAUGCCCUCUAUGGCCAUUUUUAAGAAAAAAUGGAUGUGUUUAGUUUUGGUGUAUUACUCCUAGAGAUUGUGAGGGGAAAGCGAAAUUCUACUUUUCAUCGUUUUGAAGAUCGACUUACACUUGUUGAAUGGGCGUGGAAGUUAUGGAAUGAAGGAAGAGGAAUCGAGGUUAUUGAUGAAUUGUUACGGAAAAAGUGCCAGCUUGAUGAAGCAUUGAGGUGUAUCCAUGUAGGGUAUUUGUGUGUUCAAGAAGCUCCAGCUGAUUUACCAGCAAUGUCUUCGGUAAUUCGUAUGCUACAGAGCAAUGAAGCUACAUCACUUCCACCCUCCAAAGAAGCUGUUUUCUCAAUACAUAGGGGUGCCGGUGCUGUUGGUUGUUCUUCUCAAACACCUGCCAAUUUUUCAAACAAUGAACUCACUGUUAGUUUGCCAUAAGGUCAAUAGAGGUUCAUAUUUUUGUGAACGUCAAAAUUAAAUAUGUAAACCUCAAGAAUAAGACUAUGACAUUCAACUCUUCCUUUC